CUUUUGUUUAGUGUCUCUCUCUCUUUCACUCUCUCUCUCUCUCCCUGAUUCACGACACACCUUCUGUGCAAAACGCAACUCCUCUGCUUAUCUCUCUCCCCCUGUCUCUCUCUCUCUCUUGUCUGUGUUCACUUUCACAUGUUUGAGUCGGAGGAUAGCAGUCUGUUUCCUGACACGCAGAGACUUCUCACCAAGACGCAACUCCACCAGCAACACCUAAAGAUUCCUCGGAGAGGAUGGCGCACACAGACGAAGACCUGAUCGGAAUCCCCUUCCCAAACCACAGCAAUGAUGUCCUGUGCAGUCUUAACGAGCAGCGGCGGGACGGGCUGCUUUGCGACGUCAUCCUGGUGGUUCAGGACCAGGAGUACCGCACCCAUCGCUCCGUUCUGGCCGCAUGCAGCCAGUACUUCAAAAAACUCUUCACUGUGGCCACCGGCUCCAGCCGGGAGUCCAACACACACACCAUCUAUGAGCUAGACUUCGUGGCGCCGGAUUCGCUGACAGCCAUUCUGGAGUUUGCGUACACAUCGACGCUGACGGUCACAGCAUCCAACGUCAAGGAGAUCCUGAGCGCCGCCAGGCUCCUGGAAAUUCCCUGCAUUAUAAAUGUGUGUCUGGAAAUCAUGGACACGGGAGGAGGUGGAGGAGACGGACCACCGGAAGGAGAGGAGUUUGAGGGAGAUGAUGAGGAAGAAGAGGAUGAAGAGGACGAGGAUGAAAUGGAGGAGGAGGUUGACUCCAAAGAUGGAGAAUUUGAGGACAACAAUAGCGAGAAAUCCACACAAGGUGCUGAAAACCAAGAGGAACUCAAAGUUUGGGAGAACGGGAGGACGGAUAGCCCACCUUGUAGCUCCCAACAAGGAGCGCCGAUCCCAGAUGGCCAAGAAUCCCAAAGACGCCAAUCGGACACUCCGGAAGCCCAGAAACCCAGAGCGCCGGAGGGAUUGGAGGGCCGGGCGCUGAAGGACUUCUCGAUAGAGUCUUUACUUCAAGAGGGACUCUAUCCGAAAAUGCCAGGCCUGGAAAGAGGCACCGGAUUCUCGCCCCUUCUCCCAGGCUUCUAUCCUCCCAUGUGGGCGGCAGAAUUCCCAGGCUACCCUCAGAUUCUGGAGCAGAGACAUCCAUCCCACCCUUUUCCCAAUGCUUCGCUAGAAAAAGGCCCUUUGGACCUUGCGGUCAAGAAAGAAGUCAUCAAAGAAGAGCUGAAGGAUGAGCCUACAAACCCCAUCCUGCACAGAGACUUCCUCAAAGACUUCAUGAGUCCAGGGAUGGGAAUAACCUCUGACCCCAGCCUCGGUCCGAUCAAAGAGGGAGCGGAGCUGCGGUCCUACCUGAGUUUUCUUUCCGCCUCUCAUCUCGGGCCGCUGUUUCCUCCGUGGCAGCUGGAGGAGGAGAGGAAGAUGAAGCCCAAGGCGUCACAGCAGUGCCCCAUCUGCAACAAGGUGAUUCAAGGAGCGGGAAAGCUGCCACGGCACAUGAGAACACACACCGGAGAGAAGCCCUACAUGUGCACCAUCUGUGAGGUCCGCUUCACCAGGCAAGACAAGCUGAAGAUUCACAUGCGCAAGCACACUGGUGAGAGGCCAUACAUCUGCCUGCACUGCAACGCUAAAUUUGUUCACAACUAUGACCUGAAGAACCACUUGCGCAUCCACACCGGCGUGCGGCCAUACCAAUGUGAGCACUGCUACAAGAGCUUCACGCGCUCCGAUCAUCUUCACCGACACAUCAAGCGUCAGAGCUGCCGCGUCUCACGCCCGCGACGGGGCCGAAAACCCUCCGCCUGGAGGUCCACCAACUUCCUCUUCCCUCCAGAUCCCAACGCCCUCCAAGCAGACAGGGCCAUGCGGAUUCCUGCCGCUGGUGGCACCCCCUUACUGGGAAAACAGCAGCCUACUGGAGGGAAAACGCUGGAGGACGUCGACGGUGACAGCCGAGAAACGGACAGGAAGCUCAUCUCAGAGGAUGUAAAUAGAAAGCGGGGCGUGUUUGCUUUCGCAGUGGCAACGGAGGACGUUCUGCAACACCCGCCUUUCUAUUCAGCGACCUCUGACCCCUGGGCCGUGAGACUGGAACGAGCGCCACCCAUUCCCGAAGCUGCAAAAUGACUUUUGUUAAUUCCUUGAAACAGCUGCUCGCUUCAGACUCUGUAAUAUUAAAUGAGAUUUACUUUUUGUUUAUUUUAUAAGUCAGCUUCCAUAUGGGAUGACAGGGAUCUUAAAUACUUUUUAAAUGAAUUGAUUUGUUAAUAUCUUGGAUGUGCAUUUGUUAAAGCUGUUUUUGAUGCUUCAGCGUUUGCUAACAAGGGUGAUGCGCUCAUAGACUGUUCAGUGCAAUGGAGUAUGUGAAAAUCGAAUGCAAAAAUUUGACAAUCAGGUAUGCAGAAAAAAAAGAAAAAAAAAAGUCCUGCUGAAUAAGCUAGAAGCUUUGAUGUUUGCAUUGUAUGAUCUGACAGAUUUUCUAAUUUUACAGCUUUCAGUGAAGCUAAAUCCUAAACACAAGGAAAAUUACAAAUUUACAUGUUGUAAUCCACUAUGCAAAAUACAUAAAUGGUUAAACCACAAAGACAAAAUGAAUAAGAAAAACUCUCAGGAUUACAAAAAGCUAAAUUUUUUAACAAAAACAUUUUUUUACAGCCAAAAUAUCAGAUGUUGCACACAAUAAAAUGUCAAAUCAAUAUGCAGUUAAUCAUGCAAUUAGACAAAAGAGAAUUUUUUUCUCAUAAUUAUUUAUUUUGUGCAUUUCAAAUUGACCCUUGAUUAAAUCUAAUUUGUAUAGAAGGCUUUCAGGUUCUGCAGUGGAAUUGUUCAUUAUUGUAAGUGUUUCUAUUGUAAAACAUCCAAAGAUGUGUUGUUUAAGAAAAACUUGAAAUCCAAUCUUUUUCACAUAUGAAGUGUCUUGGAGGUGCUUGUCAUGUACAGGAAAAUAAAACAAUAAAACAUCCACAACUUUGAUACAGUUCCUCAUCUGAAUGGCUAGAGUAAUUCAGCAACAUUUAAACUGAAACUAAACAUAUUUUCAUGCUAUUUAUGCAUAUUUAAAUAAGCCUUGGCUAUAUUUUACUAAGAUGUUUUAUAAUGACACUAACACAUUUGUGUUCCGGUUGCAUUUGUCUGUUUUCAAGAGAGAAUGUGUCAAUGCAGUGUACCAUAUUUGACAUCAAACCCUCUGAAAUCAAAAUAAUACGGUUAUAAAAAAUGCAUAAAAUCCCCCCUUCAAGACUUUUAACUUCUAAAACAACCACAAAACAGAAUGCACGAGUCCUCCAAAUGAGAAUUAAAAUCAUCUGAAAAUGUAAGUUUCUGCACUUCACACAAGACUUUUAAGUUGUUUUCAUCUCGGUGUGCAAAAUGCAAAGAUGUUUCAAUGGCCAUGAAGGUGCUUAAGGAUGUGUGUGUGUGUGUAUAUAUAUAUAUAUAUGUAUAAAGCUCUUCUGAGGCGACCGGUGGAAACUUGCACUAUUUGUUUGAUGAUGUUUUAAUAUUGGUUACGAUAUAUUGAUAUUUCUUAAAGAUUUAAAAACAUACAAAAAAAUAAAUAAAAAUCACAGAACAUGUCUGAGAUAUGCACUUUACUCCUCUUUAACACAAGGGUAAUUUCAGUGAAAGUCAUUUUUAUAAAUGUGUGUGGUAUUUGUAUAUUCGAUUAAUCCCUGGGUAAACAGAAUCAAAGAACUGGAAUAACAAUAAUAAAAAUAAAAAAAUAAAGCUUUUUUUUUCAAGAA